AUGGAGAUCUUCGGCACCAAAUUCCACAGCACGGGGGACAGAUACUGGAGACGGAAGAGAUACCAAAAGCUACAAGACGGCGCCGUCGGCCGAAACAAGAACAUCCGCAUCGCCAGGCUCGGCGACAACAACAACAACAACAACAACGGUAGUGGAGGUAAUAAGUUGGUGUGGAGGAUCAAGGUGGUGCCGAAGCUGCGGCUGAGAGUGGCGGCGGCUGCUCCGCUGAAGCUGGCGGCGAAGCUGAGGAACAGGUACAUGGACAUGAUGGUGAGGCUGGCCGGCAGCGUGGGGUUCUUAAAUACCCACAUGGUGUUUGGGAACAGGAGGAUUCCCAAGGCGCGGCAGGUCCGGAUGUCUUGUACCGACGAGGAGUUCCAGAACAGGAUCAUUUACGAGAUGUUCAAGAACAUCUCCGCAGCUCAUGAAUUGAAUCCCAUGUAG